AUGUUUCCAGCAUUUUAUGAGAAUCCUGAGCCGCCGGUUGCAGAGACCGUGAAGAAACAACGGAAGAAUCCGAGACUUGUUUCCGACCGCAAACGUAGCAUACUUGAUGAAGCUAGCUUCGAGCCUGACUACAGCGCUUCGGACUCCGAAUCCGACGGCGAAGACGGCAAAAUAAUAUCAUUGCCUACCAAGAAAUUAAAACUGGACGAGCCAGAUAUAGAGAAGGAGAUGGAUUUAAAGUCCCUUAAAAAGCGAUCAAAAUCUACGAGCAGUGAGGAUUCGUCUAGUAGCUCGGACACGACCAGCACGGAUUCGGAUAGCUCGGACGAGUCACAUAAGAAAAAGAAGAAAAAACACAAGAAGCACAAGAAAAAGAAGUCCGCCAAGAGGGACAGCAGCUCGGAUUCAGACUCGUACUCGGAUUCGUCUGACACAAGCAGCGAUGAGGAGAAACACAAAAAGAAAUCAAAGAAAUCAAAGAGUAGAAAUAAACAGUCGAAGAAAAAGAAAAAGUCGAAGCACAAAUGA